CUUCCCUGAUCCUCCUGCCUACAGAACUGUUCUUCUGAACACUUGGAGAGAUGAAAACUAAACUGGAACAGGCCUUGGAAUGCGUGGUCAAUGUCUACCACCGGUAUUGCUUUCUAGACCCUUCCGAUGACUAUCUACAGCUGAAAGAAUUCCAGAAGCUGAUGAAGGAACAAGCCCAGCCCUUCCUGAAGGACACCACACCACCCCACUUCAGCGAAAAUGAUUUUAUCAGGACAUUAUUUCAAGUAGCCGACGUUGACCAGAACAAUUACCUCAAAUUCACCGAAUUCCUGAUUGUGUUUGCCGCUCUCCUUAAAGACGCCCACGAAAGAUCCCACGACUUUGGUGCAGAUAACAGCAGACACAGCCACUGA